AUGGCACGCGCUGGCAAGAACAAACUUCAACUAUUAACAUUACUGGGAAAAUGGCUUUCAAAGAAACUAAUGAUGAAUUCAGAUUUGAAAAAGGUCUUCAUGAUUUUGGCUGUUCAUAUGUGGGGGGUUAUUCUUCCGCUCAUACAACCCAUCCCACCGCGCAACCCGGGAUGGACGAAUAAAGAAAAGGAUUGCAUCGAGGAUACGGUGCAGCUUUCUAAGAGUUGGGUAAUUAAAGAACCAGAUCACAAUGAUCUUGAGGCUCAAAUUGAAAGACGCAAAGAGACAACAUCAUGA